AAUAGCCAGAUAGCCAUUAACAAACCCUAACCCCAACAAAAACCUCUCCGCUUCUCUGUCUUCACCUUCUUGUCCAAAAUUUGUGCUUCCAAAUAUGGCCAACGCCUGUAUGGCCAUGAGAAACCUACUUUCUCUAGCACAAAAACGUUUCUUCAACACAUCUGUUAUACUUCCCACUGCCUCAUCAUCAUUUACUGCUGAAUAUCUCAUCAAGACAUGCGGGCUUCCUUUACAACCAGGCCUUUCAGUUUCCAAGAAGCUCCUAAACGAUGAAAAUAACCUCCAAAACUCGCAAGCUGUAGUAGAAUUCCUUAAAUCUCACCAUUUUAAGGAUGCCCACAUCGCCAAAAUGGUCCAAAAGUGUCCUGCUGUCCUCCGUUGCAAAGUUGAGGACAAUCUGGAGCCCAAAUUUGACUUCUUCAUUAAAAAUGGAUUUGAGGGUCAACUUCUGCCCCAAAUUCUGAUGUCGGAUCCGAGAAUUUUGGUAUGCAGAUUAGAUACUCGCAUUAAGCCAUGUUUAGAACUUUUGAAGCCAUUUCUUGGCAGUAAUGAGAAUAUCAUAGCUGUUCUUAAGCGUGCUUCGUGGUUAUUGACAUAUAGUUUCAAGUCAUGUGUGCAACCAAAUAUUGAUUUCCUGAUUAAAGAGGGGUUGCCUCUUGAUAAGAUGGCAAAACUGUUAAUGUCGUACCCAAGAACCAUACUAAUUAAGCAUGAUAGGAUGGUUUCUGCAGCAAAUUAUCUUAAGAAUUUGGGGCUUGAACCAAAGGCUCCUAUGUUUAUCCACGCUUUUAGGGUGAUGGUGCAAUUGAGCGAACCAACUUGGAAGAAGAAAAUUGAGGCUUGGAAGAGCGUUGGCUGGAGCGAAGGGGAGAUUUUGGGGACUUUUAAGCGAUUCCCGUUUCUUUUAUCAUGUUCAGAGGAGAAAAUCAACUGCAUGAUGGAUUUCUUUGUGAAUACAGUGAAGCUGGGACACCAAACUAUUACUGCAAAUCCCUCAAUUUUCAAGUAUUCGUUUGAUAAGAGGAUUUAUCCGAGGUAUAAUGUUUUGAAGGUUUUGGAGUCAAAGAAGCUAAUUAGAGUCAGGAAGACUGCAACUUUCUUAAAAAUAAGCGAGGAGAAGUUCUUGGAGAAUUACAUUACCAAGUACGAGGGCAAAGUUCCUGGUUUAUUGGAGAUAUAUGGGAGCAUUAGAAAAACGAAGGGGCUAUAACUUAAUGGCAAAAUACUUUGGCUUCAAAAUAGCAGGGGUGUUGGAUAUGAAGAAGUUCAGGGCCAAUUAGCUCUCUUGCUGGUGCAUAUGAAAUACUGGCGGGUCACUGUCAUACUCAGGAAGUCAGGAAGCUGGUCUCAAAUACUCAACAAUAAGGUUGCUUGGGAGAGGCAAAAUCUAGACUUCCGGCAGGGUUUCAAACUGCAGCAAUGCAGUUAGAUACAAACUAUGUUACAAGCGUGAUUCCAGAACUGUAUAAUUAUCUAAACAGUUGUAUUUCCUUUCCACGUUGGAUUAUGUGGAUUUGGGAGGUGAUGUUUUCUUGUAAUCAUAUUGCGUAUCAGAUUUGCAUCCUUUUUGGGAUUUUUUGGAUGGUUUAUUUGCCAUCAGUGGCAGAUAAAGUGAGAGAAUGCAAGAUGUUUUAUUCUAGUGGAAAUAAUUGAGAGUUAGAAGAGAAACAUAGUUUUCUUCUUCAAUUUACAUUCAAGAUUACAUUUUCUCAAGGUAAA